AUGAGCCACCCUUCUCCCCAGAAGAACGGCGGCAAUAAUGUUCCCCCUCCAAAACAGAUUCGCUUCGUCUCAACCGAUGGACAGCCCCAGACUAAACGACGUCGGGUCAACGCGGCGUGUCGGACAUGUCGCAAGCGCAAGAUACGAUGCUCAGGUGAACAACCAGUGUGCAAAACGUGCUCCGACUAUAACCACGUAUGUUUAGGAUACAGCGAACCCACUGCUCAUACUCGAUCGCAAUCCGAUGUCGCAUCACGCACCCCUGCCAUUCCUCCUUUACUGGGUCCAAGUGAUAGCUCCUGUACAGCAGUGAAAGUUGAGAGUCGUUCUCCAGAUUCUCCCUCGCAGGUUUCAAUACCACCCAGUGAUGAUCGUCCAGACAAAUCGUCCGGGGCACCGAAGCCGUCGGAGCUAAAAGAUGCUUCUUUGAUGAGGGAAACAUCUUCCAAAAUUCCGAGGGAUUCUGAGCAACACACUGUAGGGGAAAGUCCAGAAAGUAGCCGUACGUCUUUGAGCUCUUCCGCUCGCACGCAUGUUCCCUAUUUCAGAUACUUCGGGCCAACUGCUAUUGUCCCUGGGUUUAAACAAAUGGUUCGAGUUGUCCAGGUCAGGGGCUCGCGCAAGAGUAAUGCGUCGCUAUCGUCAGAAUCAAUGUCUCCUCUGCGAAGCCCAAAGUUCACGGACCUCGGUGUUGGUCGCCUAAACCAUCUCGCUGAUAGCCGCGACAACCGUGAUGCCAAUACUAUCCCCUUCUACGAUCGGGAUGAUUCCUUGCCAGUCAGCAAUCUGGUGACACACCUCUGUGAUCUUUUCUUCGUACACUUGGGAUGCAAUUUUCCUUUCCUCCAACGUGAAAGGUUCCUCCGUGACUUGAAGGACAAGAAAAUCGACACCAUGCUCGUGGAUGCUGUUUGUACCUUAUCCGCACGGUUCUCUCCUCAUCCUUUGCUGAGUCCUCCUCAAGCUCCGCCCAUAGAUGGCUCAGAACCAAAGCUGGAUGUGAGGAAGUCAGACCGCGGCCAACCAUUUGCGCAUAGAGCAAUGGGCGCUCUCGUCGAUGUUUUAUCCUGCCCCACAUUGUCUGUUGUCCAGGCGUGUUUGUUGCUAGCCUACGAAGAGUUUGGCUCAAAUCACGACAGUGGCCUGUGGAUGUAUCUAGGCAUAUCCAUUCGCAUGGCUCAGGAUCUCGGGAUGCAGAAACUGCAGGGUUUGAAAUAUAACUAUGGCCAGAGUGGUGUGACUCCGAACGCAGUUGUAACGGGGCAAGCGGGGAAGUUGAGAGAGGAACAGUAUGACGACCCCCAAACCUCUCAGGGAUCAAUGAAGGAUGCACAGGAUAAUGAAAACCAACGUGCUUGGGAGCGGGAGAGGGUUGACACCUUCUGGAGUAUAUUUUUUCUCGAUCGAGUCAUCUCAUCAGGGACAGGACGACCGGUGACUUUACGUGAUGAGGACAUAGAAUUGUGCUUCCCCCUGCAAUCGGAAUCCUUGCUGCCUAACGGCUGGCCAGCGCCUUUCCCGCCACUUAUACGCAUAAUACAUCUGUAUGGCAGGGUCACGGAUCUCAUCAAUGGAAUUCAAGAUGUGAAACAUGUCACCACGGACACCCUCAAGAGAUUAGCCGGGAUGGAAAGUGAUCUUACUGGCAUAUACCAGCGUUUGUCGCCUAGGCUUCAUUUUAACGCGGCCAACUUUCAAGCGUACGUAAAGGCAAAAGAAGGAACGAAUUUCAUCCUUCUCCAUUUUUGGUUCCACACUUUGAUAGUCCUCCUCCAUCAACCAACGCUACUAAACUCGUUUGGGGGUUCUAUACAACACCUUUAUCCAAAUAGCAGGGAGUUGUCGAUGUCUUCUGCCAAAACCAUUGCGGAUAUACUUUCAUUUUCUGAGCUCGUUGACGGUAAGAGCUUCAUCGGCAAUCCAUUUACUAGUCAGCCGAUGUACAUCGCCGCGUGCGCGUUUCUGAUGGAGAGCACUUAUUACUCGCCGUUGUCAGGGCCAGGCUCUCCUCCCUGCCAGCCUUUGUUGACAAAUCAAACAAGUGGCUUUGUUAUGCCGAAUUUAGACCACCCGUCAGAUGGAUCAGAACGAAAGCCGACUGCUAAACAUAUCCUCCUUUCCUCUGCUGCGAAGGAAAACUAUCAGAGAUGCUACAAAGCCUUGAAGGCUCUCGAGACUUACUGGGAGGGAACCAAGUAUAUACUCACUGUUCUCGACCAAAAGGCCAAGGGAAUUGUCGAUCCUCUAUUAUAUACCGAGGAAGAGAUGGAGGGUACCGCUGAGAUCGCAUCGGUUCAACCAUUUGCACCUGGUUGGCGUCAGCCAAGUGCGCCGCUAGGUGCUGUUGGUGACUCCGAUGAGUCGAUCAUAGGUUUGGAAGUACGGUCACCAAGAAUUGAUCCCAGCCAAGCCAUUGGAUGGGCUCUUACAGGAGCAACCAACUCUUCGCAGCCAAAUCUUAGCGUACUAUAUCAAAUGCCAGCUGUGCAAACGGACUCCGUUCCUAAUAAGCCAGCUUAUUCGUCUCAGUAUAGCCAUAGCUACCCUAGUUUACCGAUGCAAACUAGUACUGGUCCUAGCUCGAGCUCUUAUACUCAAACGCUCGAGCCUUCCAGGUCUACCGCCGCUGCGCCGAGCUCGCCGAUUACAGCUGGCCCUGGAAAAUAUUCCCCACUUGCCCCAUCUGGCCGCGUUUCAACAUCAGAUGCCAGCCUUCUGUUGGGUUUGAACACAUCUUUCUCGACGUCCGCAUCCCGACCUCCUCAUUCUCACCCCGCCUACAAUCAAAACCUUACCGCUACUUCAUCCCGGAUUGGUGCACCAACCUCCGCCUAUAACUACAACACCGCCUCUACUGGAAACGGCCAGCCAACAGGUAGCAGUCAUAUGAAUUCCAGACCCUCACAAAUGCACCCUAGCGCGGGUUCCCACGUUAGCGAUAUACUCAUCGAGAGCCAAGAUAUUGAUAUGGCUUCCCUUCAACAACAAGACCAAUUUCCAUUCACCUUUAAUAUGCUUUCGCAUUCGUGGGGCGAUCAUAACGAUACCGAUCGUGGGGAAAUGGAAGAACAUCUGAGAUUGACUCCUACGGUUCGGAAGCACCACAGUGUCUUCCGAAAGUCCAGUUCGGUCAGAGCGAUGCAAAUGCAUACCGAGGAUGAGGGUGACGGCGAGUACUUGACACCACCGAAACGCAGGGGAGGGCAUCACAUGUCGGAUGGCUCAUCACAGCUGAAGCGAUCUUCGUACUACUCGCCGACCGGACUCGUGGCGAAGCAAAAAUCCCAAAAAGAUUACCCUCUCGUACUACUACAUUGUAACUUGCUUCCACCAUCGCUCCCUAUCCCAGGACUAGUGGACUAUCCGGACCAAAAGCUCUUGAGGGAAGUAUUGCCGCCGGAGUAUUGGAGGCGGUGGAAGUUACUGGAGGAAAAGAUUGGAUCUGUGGUACUACGUGAACGGGGUGUGCUCAUUUCACAUCCUGAGGAUAUGUACGAUCUUCUUGAGGAGCGGCUAUUGGAGAGUUUGGAGUUGCAGCGCCCAAGGUUUGACCAUGGGCACUUUUUGGGUCAUGAAGAGACCGAUACGGACAGAGAUAGCCAGUUUACAGCGGAGGAGAGCGCAACAGAUGAUGAACAAGGCCAUCCUACCCUCGAAGUCCAGCAGCAGAGAUCGAACUUCAAACCCUUUUAG